GUCGCUGGUCGCUCUGGCGUUGCAUCGAAGCGAAAAAUAACGCAUUCGCGGAGCUUCUUCGUCGCACUCGUGAUUGCCGAUGGUAGCAGGCAGCAGAUGGCAGCAGUAGCUGGUCGAAUGCUGCGCCUGCGCGCAAUUCGGGCACGUCACGUGACCAGUUGCGCCUGCGUGACAUCGCGGCAAGAUGGCGAGCAGCCGCGAGCAGACGAGACGGAUCGACGACGACGGAACUGACGGGGACGAGGACGAGGAGACGGGACACGGGACGUGAUUCUACCCUACCACACGGCACACGCACACGCACAUUGUUGUACGACUCGUAGCUUGUGGCUCGGAACGACUGAGGGCCUGAGUACGGAACGCCGAUGGCGCUGUCGUCGAGUCAUUAUUCGAGCACAGCAGGCGGCGGCAGGGAGAGGAGAGUGUAACUCGGCUCGGAGAGGAGGUAAUCAGUCGCGGUGGGUCGUGUGUGAAGCUUUGAGCAACGUCGAUGCUGCAUCCGCGUGAUUCACGUCCGUGGCGCGUCGUUUCGUGUCGAGCAGCAACUGCAGCAGCAGCAGCAGCAACAUCCAAUGCAGGAUACCCGUGCAGAAACAUGAUCGAUCCAGAAACUCAUGGUAGCGUGUUUCCGCGACUAAUCCGGGUCGAGUAGCGACGAGUCGCACCCGGUGGUGCGCCUAGCCUCUAGGAGGGCUUCUGCUCGAAUUUAAAGUGCUUGUUUGCGUGCGUGCGUGCUGGUGCGGGUGGGCGGGCGGGCGUGCGUACGUGCAUGCGUGCAUGCGUGCGCGCAUGGAAACGUGCGUACGUGCGUGCCAGUCGGUCAACCAGCCAGCCAGAGCAGCCAAAGUAGCCAGCCAGCCAGUCAGCCAGCGUCUCAGGAGUGAUAGUGUGGAGUGUGGACGCGGCGUGCCUCGGCGUGCCUCGACGUGCCUCGGCGUGCGAUUCCCAAAUCAUGGGAUCGAGGAGCAACGAGAGUCGCGGUUGCAACGGGAAUCGUAGCGCCCAAGACAUGGCCUGCCACGAUCGCGUCGAGACGGACUUCGAGUUUACGGUGCCGCCGGAAGCUCCGGUGUUCGAACCGACCAACGAAGAGUUUCACGAUCCCCUCGCUUACAUCGCCAAGAUACGGCCGAUCGCCGAGAGGUCCGGCAUCUGCAAGAUCAAACCGCCACCCAACUGGCAGCCACCAUUUGCCGUGGAUGUGGACAAGUUUAAAUUUGUUCCAAGAAUACAAAGGUUGAAUGAGUUAGAAGCCAAGACCAGGAUAAAGCUUAAUUUUUUAGAUCAAAUCGCUAAGUUCUGGGAGCUUCAAGGUUCCUCCUUGAAAAUUCCGCUUGUAGAACGUAAAGCACUGGACUUGUAUUCUUUACAUAAAAUAGUUACAGACGAAGGUGGCAUAGAAACUGUGACUAAGGAGCGAAGAUGGGCAAAAAUUGCCAAUAAACUUGGUUACCCAUCUGGACGAAGCGUAGGCAGCAUAUUAAAAAAUCACUACGAGAGAAUUUUAUAUCCCUUUGAUGUUUUCAAGCAAGGAAAGAUAUUGUCAGAUAUUAAAAUUGAACCGGAAUCGGACGCAAAUGAAAAGAGGGAUCGCGAUUAUAAGCCACAUGGCAUAAUAUCUCGACAGCAAAUUAAACCGCCGAAUGAAAAAUUUUCGCGACGAUCUAAGCGUUUUUCCGGACAAGACGAGAAGCAAGAUGUAUCGAUUAAGCAAGAAGACUGCAAGGAGGAAUGCGACUCGGAUAAUGAGUGCAAAGAUAAAAUUAAGAGUAGACACAUCAGUUGCGAUACGGAUAAGAGCAAAGAACUUAAAAAGUUACAAUUUUACGGACCCGGCCCGAAAAUGGCAGGUUUUAAUACCAAAGAGGGAAAGAAAUCUAACAAAACGCGUGGCUUGAAGCUCGUUUAUGAGUUUGAUCCUUUGGCAAAGUAUAUUUGUCAUAAUUGCGGAAGAGGCGACAAUGAAGAAAACAUGCUGUUGUGCGACGGAUGUGACGACAGUUACCACACAUUUUGCCUUAUGCCGCCAUUAACGGAAAUACCAAAGGGCGACUGGCGAUGCCCCAAGUGCGUCGCUGAAGAAGUCUCGAAACCGAUGGAGGCCUUCGGCUUCGAACAAGCGCAGAGAGAAUACACCCUGCAACAAUUCGGAGAAAUGGCCGAUCAAUUCAAGAGCGACUACUUUAAUAUGCCUGUGCAUAUGGUUCCAACGUCACUAGUGGAAAAGGAGUUCUGGCGAAUAGUCUCGUCCAUUGACGAAGACGUGACUGUUGAAUACGGCGCCGAUUUACACACGAUGGAUCAUGGUUCCGGAUUUCCUACCAAGACUAGCGUUAAUUUGUUCACUUGCGAUCAAGAGUAUGCCGAAUCUUCAUGGAAUUUAAAUAAUCUGCCGGUUUUACGUGGAAGCAUUCUAGGCCACAUUAAUGCUGAUAUUAGUGGCAUGAAAGUUCCUUGGAUGUACGUCGGCAUGUGCUUUGCGACAUUCUGUUGGCACAACGAAGAUCAUUGGAGCUAUUCCAUUAAUUAUUUGCAUUGGGGCGAACCAAAGACAUGGUAUGGUGUACCGGGUUCUCAGGCGGAACGUUUCGAAAAAUCUAUGAAAUCCGCUGCGCCGGAGCUGUUUCACAGCCAGCCUGAUCUAUUGCAUCAACUUGUUACCAUUAUGAAUCCGAACAUCUUGACAAGUGAAGGAGUACCAGUAUUUAGAACAGAUCAACACGCCGGUGAAUUUGUCGUAACAUUUCCGAGAGCGUAUCACGCAGGCUUUAAUCAAGGUUACAAUUUUGCAGAAGCUGUUAAUUUUGCACCUGCGGAUUGGCUUAAGAUUGGACGAGAUUGCAUCACGCAUUAUUCCAAUUUACGAAGAUUCUGUGUUUUUUCUCACGACGAGCUGGUUUGUAAAAUGUCAUUGGAUCCAGAUUCGUUAGAUAUCGGAGUCGCAACCGCCACGUAUCACGACAUGUUGCAAAUGGUAGAAGAUGAGAAAAAAUUGCGAAAAAACUUAUUAGAAUGGGGUGUAACAGAGGCGGAACGUGAAGCUUUUGAGCUUCUACCAGAUGACGAGAGACAGUGCGAAGCAUGCAAGACUACCUGUUUUCUGAGUGCAGUUACAUGUUCGUGCCACAGCUUGCAGUUAGUUUGUUUGAGACACUUUGCUGAUUUAUGCUCUUGCCCACCAGAGAAGCAUACAUUGCGUUAUCGAUAUACAUUGGACGAGCUACCGAUCAUGCUGCAAAAGUUAAAACUGAAAGCUGAGUCGUUCGACUCGUGGGUGACCAAAGUGAAGGAAGCAAUGGAUCCUAAGAAUGACAAAAUUGAAUUAAACGAGUUGAAAGAUCUUCUAAAUGAAGCUGAGAACAAGAAAUUUCCGGAAAGUGAAUUACUGACCGCUCUAACGACCGCUGUCCAAGAUGCUGAGAAAUGUGCAAGCGUUGCGCAACAGCUAUUAAACAAUAAACAACGUACGAGGACUAGGCAUACAAUUGAUACCAAGUAUAAACUCACUGUGGAAGAAUUAACACUUUUUUAUAAGGAAAUAACUAAUCUGUGCUGUGAGCUUAAGGAAUCGGAUGGUGUAAAAUUUAUACUCGAUCAAGUAGUACAAUUUCAAAAGGAUGCAGUAGAACUCGAGUCCAAAGACGAAGACUGUGACGUAGAGAAAUUGGAAAAAUGCAUUGACUUUGGUGACUCUAUCUGCAUAGAAUUGCCUCAACUAGUACGAUUGAAACAAAAACUGGCACAAAUCCAGUGGUUAGAAGAAGUAAAAUCUCUUCAAGAAGACCCAAAGUCUGUUAGUCGCGAAGAAGUGGCCAAGCUAAUCGAGAAAGGUAUGACGAUACCACCUCAUGUCAGUAUCGAAAAUACAUUGUCAGAAUUGCACGCGUUAACGAAGGCGAUCGAUAAAUGGGAAGAGAAGGCCAAGGUGUUUCUUAAUACCAAAAAUAGACGAAUGAUCACGGAUGUGGAGGAGUUUAUUCGUGAGGCAGAUGAGGUUGAGGCAUAUUUGCCAAGUUUGGAUACUCUUCAAGAUAUACUUAAUAAAGCGAAGAACUGGACAAAACUGGUCGACGAUAUACGAGCAAGAGAGAAUUUUCCAUAUUACGAUACUUUGGACGAUUUAUUAAAGAAAGGAAGAAAUAUCCCUUUGCAUCUAAACGACCUUCCAACGUUGGAGUCUACUCUCUCGCAGGCGAAAGCUUGGAAAGAAAGAACCGCGAGAACAUUCCUGAAAAAAAAUUCGCAUUAUACGUUGAUGGAAGCUCUGUCACCGCGAAUUGGCGUCGGAGUACAGGCAAUGAAAACUAAGAAGAACAAGGGUGACGAAGCCGUAGGUGCUAUUUGUGUCUGUGAUACAAAAUUGGACGAUUCCAGCAACUCUGCAAACGUGGUAGCUGCCUUCAAACUAGCAGAACAGCGCGAAAUGGAGGCGAUGAGAAGCUUGAGAGAAAGAAAUUUAAUGAAGAUGAAAGCGGAAGCAGAAGAUUCCAAGUAUUGCGUUUGCCGGCGACCGAGAUACGGUAUUAUGCUCCAAUGCGAGCUUUGCAAGGAUUGGUUUCACACGAACUGUGUGCCUUUGUCUAAAACACCAUACAAAGGUAAACCACCAGCACCCAAGGACAUGAAGUUUUUGUGUCCAUGCUGUCUACGUUCUCGACGACCUCGUCUGGAAACUAUACUGGCUCUCUUAGUGAGCCUUCAAAAAAUUCCGAUCCGAUUGCCGGAAGGAGAAGCGUUGCAAUGUCUAACGGAACGCGCGAUGAAUUGGCAGGAUCGAGCGAGGAAAGCGUUAAUUACCGACGAGGUGUCAUCGAUAUUGACUAAGCUUUCUGUAAUGUCGCAAAAGUUAGUUGAAGCUGCGGCAAGGGAGAAGACGGAAAAAAUUAUCAGCAGCGAGUUAAAAAAGGCUGCGAAUAAUCCUGAACUGCAUCAAAGAGUGCAGGCUAUAGCGCCCCUCAGCGGAGUGCAUUCAGACGAUAGCACGCCUAGUACUGCUGAUGACGAUGACGACAUCGUUACCCUGGAUGACGAACCAACAUGUAGUACUUUUAAUAGUAACGAGCACGCAUAUUCCUAUAUAUCGAAAAUUCGACGAAAAACUCAAUCGAGUGACAGUGAGUCAUUUGGCAUGUUAUCUUCAAGCACGAGGUCACGUUUAGAGGAACUUAUGAUGGAAGGCGACCUAUUAGAAGUCGCGUUGGACGAAACUCAGCACAUUUGGCGCAUAUUGAGUCAUAUGAAUAAUUAUAAUACCAUGCGAAAAUACAAGUCGCUCGAAGAAGUCCAAGCGAAUAUUAAUCAGGAGGUGAAGAAACGAGGUAGGAAGAGAAAAUCGGAGGAGUUCGAAUUACUUAAGAAAGUCGGACGACAAAAAGUUGAAGAGAAAAACGUGGUUAAACGCAGCAAGAGCAGUGGUGGUCCUGUCACUAAAGAAAAAAGGCAGAGCAGUUCACCGGUUCCCGUAAAGCGUGGACCUCGAAAGAUGAAACGCAAGAGCGAGGGCGAGGAAGGCCCUAGGAAGCGAGGCGGCAAUCGCACGAAGAAGACCAAGCAAGAAAGUUCGGACGAAGAGGAUGAUUGCGCGGCAGUUAACUGCCUACGGCCUAGUGGUAAAGAAGUUGAUUGGGUUCAGUGUGACGGUGGCUGCGAAGGUUGGUUCCAUAUGCAUUGUGUCGGAUUGGAUCGCACAGAAAUUGCGGAGGAAGAUGAUUAUAUUUGUAGCAACUGUAAAGAAGCCGAUCAAAAUGCAUCGGUAUAAAUAUGCAUGUCAGCGAAUACAUGUAAACGUCCCACAUCGUGAAAUUUAACUCGACAAGAUUUCACUUUUUCGUUUUUUGUUACAUUAUUUUGUUACAUUCAAUUAUAGUUUUAGAGGCAGUCUUUCUUUUUGUGUUAAACGUUAUAGUCGAGAUAUGCGCCAGAUCCGGCUGAAUUAUUAGGUCUGGAUGCACUUCUUUCACUUUCUCAGUCUCAGGAGUACCAUGGCAGCACCACCGACACGGAAGCGGGUGUCUAGGAAAACGACAUUCCUCGUCCUAGGAUUCACUAGCCCACUUCGUGUCGUCUGUUAGCUCUGCACAAGGCUCCGGAGCGUUUGCGAUAAUAGCGACUCUCGAUGCAAAGUUAACAUUAAUAAUUAUUUCUCACCCAACUAUUGCAGAUCGUUUGCAUUAUCAAGUAUAGUUUACGAGUUAGCGAGUGAGCGCAACUUAAGAUGCAAAGUAUUAUAGCAUAGUCGAGUUACGAUACAGCGAUCAUACAUGGUGAAUAUUUUCUAUCAAUUGCGUUUUUCAUUUGCGAAGAUUAUGUCUUUAGAUGCUAAUAGCAUCGCUAGUCAAUCAUCGAUCUGCAUUUAUACAUCGAUCUAUAAAAUUUACAAGUAGGAACGACGCUACACAAUGCAAGACAUCAGAAAAUUAUUUUGUGCUUCUAUACACGCAUGUACGCGUGUUUCGGAAUUCAGUUGUACGAAAAUACGAAUGCCUAUUUUACUUUAUGCACGACUGUGAAAAAUAUUCGUUUAUGUUUCCGAUGUUUCCGUGUGUAUAUCUGAUUGUUCUCUUUACGAAAAAUUAUUCAUUUCAUUUCAUACCGACAGACAAGUGGACGAAUCACGGAUGAACCGUGAUGGACGCCUUUAAUAGUAAUAAAUUCGUUCAUGGAGAAGAAUGUCGAUUUUUUAAAUGUUAUAUUCGCACAUUUCACUGUGGAUGAUACGAAAUAAUUUCUACACGAGAUAAUUAACGAUCUGCGACCACAAGAUUGCAUCAUUUGUAGCAAUCUUAAUAACACGGUCUAUAAUACGCGUAUUACCUUAAUGUUGGUAUACCCUGAAAUAAGGAUAUAUUACAAGCCGAUUAACCCGAACGAUGAGUGAUACACUAUGAGAACAUAGUGGUGAUUUAUCGCAACCAAUCGUUUCCGAAAUAUAGUGUUGCGUGUUACGAUGGCCAAGUGUCCAUCGAUCUUUUGUAUCGGCUUUUAAAAUGUUUACUGGGCGCACAAAGCGAUAAGCGAGGAUUUCCUUUGCGCCGAUCGUAUGUACAGAAUAGACUGAGAGAUGUGUGUAUUAUGAUUAGAUUAUACAUAAGAUUUUAGAAUAUAUCAGAAUAUAGAAUAAAUAUAAGCUAUAGUUUGUAUAAAAUAAAAGGAAACGAUUGAGACAAGCAGAUAAAUUAGCAUAUCUAUACUCUGCCUUCCCGAAAUAGUAAUCUGUAAAUAUUCGCUGUUUUUGCACCAGAGGCUAUACAACUCUAUUGCGUUUUAUGUUUACACUUCUUGUAAUUCUACGAUUUUCUCUAUCAUUUAUAUCUGUUCUUCAUCUUUGUUUAGUUCUUAGAAAAGGGAAUGUUUUCCCAAAUUCCUAAUUUAAUUACAGUAGCUGCGUUUUAUUAUGUUCCUUUUUUUAAAACUUAAAUUCAUGAAAAAUGACUUUUUCUCUAUCUUAUUUUUUAUACUAUCAUUUAUUGUAUAAAAAUAACGAUUUAACGAUAUUGCAUCGUCUUUUAAGUCCUUUUAUAUAAUUGUCAAAGUUACGUAUGUUAUUGGAUUAUAUUAAGUGCAACAGUUAUAUGAAUUAUAUUGCAUAACAUGGUAAGAUAAUUAGUUUUACUUUAAAAAAAAAGAGUAUACAAUCAAAUAAUAUUAAGAAAAUACGUUAUUAGAUUACAAGAUUUAUUAGAGAAGCAUUUUAUGAAGAAUGUUGAUUUUUGCGACAAGCCAUGUUGUGACUUUCCACCAAGAAUGGUAUUAUACCUAGAACGUCUCGUUAAAUUAAAAUUGAAUACUAUAAGCCAUUUGAUUCUGACAUGAAUUAAAAAUUUAUGCUUGAUACUAAUUUAACUAUUAUUUCAAAGGUUUGUAUUAUUUGACUUUACGUAAAAGUCCAUCCAAUGCGAAAUAUACGCGGAACGCAGAGUGUUUUGUAUAGAAAAAGAACUUUUAUCUUAGGCUAAAUCACAAAUAACUCGUGAAUGAAUCCAAGGGAAAGAAUUUUGUAGAAUUAUUGAAAAAUUUAAAGAAUUUUUUGUUUUGUAGUGAAAAUCUGGAAAACUUAAAUCAACGAUAGCACAGUGUGUUUUAAAUAGUUGUAUACUUGUCGGACAAAUCUUAACGUUUGAUGAACGAGCUUUGCUAAUGUGAAUACGGAAGAUUUUAUUCUAUCGUUAAUUAUAGGGAGAUAAGAGAGAUGUCGAAGAAUUCGAUUUUAAUAGAAUUUAUUGUAACACAAAUAUUGACUCUACUGAUAAAAUCUAACCACUUGUACAUUGUCAGCAAUGAGUAUGCUACAUUUUAUUUAAAACAGGCUGUGAAACAAAGAAUUGAUGGGACGUGUACACAUAUAUUUUUGUAUAAAUUAAUAAGACCCAAUAAUCAAUCAUUUCGAUUGAUGUUGAACGUGACGCAAGUAACACACAGUGGAUUUUUAAUAGCAUUUUCAAAAAUGCUAACAUUAACUCUAAUGUUUAUGAUAUUUCGAUAUUCUUGUUAUUUUAUUUUAUUUUUUUUUUGUGUAAUAUGAAUCGAUUCUGUUUUAAUACUGAAAGCGGGAUGCAAGAUAUGUAAAAUAUAUUGUGUCCGACGGUUACUUAUAUUUAUUCAGCAUGCAUUAACAAUGCGUUAUUACGCAAAUGGAACGGAAAAUCGGUAUCGCCUUACGUGUUCUAGCUAAACAACUGUACGUUCGCAUCGUAAAAUAUUUGUAUCAUUUCGAAUGAUUAAUUACUCGUUAGAUAUCUAAGGCAAGUGCCUACGUACGUUUCCGAUAUUCUGUUACGUGCAUCAACUCGUUGCACGCAAACAUCUCGACAACAUCAUUCUCACCGUAAUAUGAGAUAGUCGUGCAAAUGUAUUAAAAUUAUCGUAAAUUGCUCGUGAUUAUUUAGUCCAUUCAAUCAUGACAACGUGAAUGUUACAUUUUUAGGCAGCUAGUUUUAUAAUCACAUUCUGUCUUUAUAUGCACAUACAGAUACACACAACGAAAUUUUUUUUUAAUGAUGGAUGUUAUAUGUUUGGAGAAUACUCGCGAGCAGUUUUUUUAGACAAUAGACAUUUUCACAAAUUAGAAUUUUUGUCACUGGGAUGUAUGAUUUUUCAUAUUUAGCAUAGUCUUUUUUUUUUUCCAAUAUAGAUUAUUAUGAUUAAAACUGCGGUCUUCUCCGCCAAGUAAAUAUUGCGAAUGCGAUUCUGAUAUUCUGUUAUGUUCUCAAGCUUCUACAAGUUUACCGUAAUUGAUCUUGAAAUCUCUCGACUAAUGCGUCAUUUAUUCGCCGUCGAAGAAUUGUAUAUAAAGCGAAUUUCUGUAAUUUCUGACCGAAAGCUAACUUAAUGUGUAUAGCGAUAAAGAUAUAUCACUUUGCAAUAGGACCUUAUUUGAGACGGAGUCUCGCUCUUUUCGAUAAGAAGGCGAUUUACUUCUUGUUGCAUAUAUUAUCGUAGAUGUAUCUAUGAAUAAAUCACUUGACGUCAAAGAA